AUGGCGAGCACCAACACCAACACCAACAUCAACAGUAAUAGCACCCUCGCCCCAAGGCCGUCCCCGGGCGCCAUGCUCCAGGUCGACGCCGCCGCCCGGCCACGCGCCCCCAGCAACGCCGAUACCAUCGUGUCCACUGCCGGCUCCAACCCCUUCCUCACCCCGGCGACCGCCAGCCGCGCCACGAGCAUCAGCGAAGACUCGCGCAACCCGCUGGCCCCGGACCCGGGCACCGAGGCCGACUUUCACGUCGACGACAACCCCUUUGCCUUUUCGCCGGGCCAGCUGAACAAGCUCCUCAACCCCAAGUCGCUCGCUGCGUUCCAGGCCCUCGGCGGGCUCAAGGGCAUCGCCCGCGGGCUGCAGACAGAUGUCACGUCCGGCCUGAGCGUCGACGAGACUGGUGUUCCGACCAGGGUCCCCUUCAACGAUGCGGUGUCUCCCAUGCCGUUGUCGUCCGUCCCUCCUCCCCCUUAUAGCAAGUCUUCUUCCUCGUCUCCUUCGUCCGACCCCUUUUCCGACCGCAUCCGCGUGUACAAGCGCAACGUCCUGCCCGCAAAGAAGGCGACGCCGCUAUGGCGCCUUAUGUGGAACGCCUACAACGACAAGGUCCUCAUCCUGCUGACCGUCGCCGCCGUCAUCUCCCUCGCGCUCGGCCUCUACGAAACACUUGGAGUCGACCAUCCGCCUGGGUCGCCCGCGCCCGUAGACUGGGUCGAGGGCGUGGCCAUUUGCGCGGCCAUCAUCAUCGUCACCGCCGUCGGGUCUCUCAACGACUGGCAAAAGGAAAAGGCGUUUGUCAAGCUCAAUGCCCGCAAGGAGGAUCGCGAGAUCAAGGUCAUCCGCUCGGGACGCUCCUUCAUGAUCAACGUCCACGACAUUCUGGUUGGUGAUGUGCUUCACUUGGAGCCCGGUGACCUUGUUCCUGUGGAUGGCGUCUUCAUUGAGGGCCACGACCUGAAGUGCGACGAGUCCUCGGCGACUGGAGAGUCGGACGCGCUGAAGAAGACUGGCGGCGAUCAGGUUAUGCGAGCUCUGGAGACUGGCAAUGGCACCAAAGACCUGGAUCCUUUCAUCAUUUCCGGUGCCAAGGUCCUCGAAGGCAUGGGCACCUUUCUCUGCACCUCAGUCGGCGUAAACAGCAGCUUCGGCAAGAUCAUGAUGUCUGUCCGCACCGAGGUUGAAGCCACGCCGCUGCAGAAGAAGCUCGAGGGUCUCGCCCUCGCCAUCGCCAAGCUCGGCGGCGGCGCGGCUGCGCUUCUCUUCUUCGUACUGCUCUGUCGGUUUCUCGCCUCGCUAUCCGGACACACGGGUACGCCCUCUGAGAAGGCAUCUCUGUUUAUGGACAUUCUCAUCGUGGCCAUUACCAUUAUUGUUGUCGCGGUGCCCGAGGGCUUGCCGCUUGCGGUGACGCUCGCACUGGCCUUUGCCACGACGAGACUGCUCAAGGAGAAUAACCUGGUGCGCAUGCUGCGCGCUUGUGAGACCAUGGGGAACGCAACAACCAUUUGCUCCGACAAGACCGGCACUCUGACGACCAAUAAGAUGACUGUGGUCGCCGGCACGUUUGGCACCUCCAGCUUCGACAAGCCUGACGCGGAGAAGGCUUCGGCCUCGCCUGUCGGCCAGUGGGCGUCCAGCCUCCCGGAUGUGACCAAGGAGAUGAUUGUGCAGUCCGUCGCCAUCAACUCUACCGCCUUUGAGGGAGAAGAGGACGGCGAGGUCACCUUUAUCGGCUCCAAGACGGAGACGGCUCUCCUGCAGCUCGCGAGGGAUCAUCUUGGCCUUCAGUCCCUUGCCGAGGCGAGGGCCAACGAGCACGUUGUGCAGAUGAUGCCGUUCGACUCGAGCAAGAAGUGCAUGGGCGCCGUGGUCAAGCUGCGUUCCGGUCAAGGCUACCGACUUCUCGUCAAAGGCGCCUCCGAGAUUCUGCUCGGAUACUGCUCCGCAAAGGCCGACCCGCACUCGCUCGAGGAGGAGCCCCUGACCCCCAACGAUGUCGACUCCCUCCGACAGACCAUCGACCAGUACGCCAGCAAGUCGCUCCGCACGAUCGGCCUCGUGUAUAAAGACUAUGAGUCGUGGCCGCCGGCACACGCCGAGGUCAGCAACAGCGACAGCCAGCACGUCGAGUUCGCUUCCCUGCUGCAGGACCUCGUCUUCCUCGGCGUCGUCGGCAUCCAGGACCCCGUGCGGCCGGGCGUCCCCGAGGCGGUCAAGAAGGCCCAGCACGCGGGCGUCGUCGUGCGCAUGGUGACGGGCGACAACGUCGUCACGGCGCGGGCCAUUGCCACCGAGUGCGGCAUCUAUACCGAGGGCGGUGUUGUCAUGGAGGGCCCCGUCUUCCGCAAGCUCUCAGAGCAGGCUAUGAACGAGAUGCUUCCCAAGUUGCAGGUGCUGGCGCGCUCGUCGCCCGAGGACAAGCGGAUCCUGGUCACGCGCCUCAAGGCGCUAGGCGAGACGGUCGCCGUGACGGGUGACGGCACGAACGAUGCGCCUGCGCUCAAGGCCGCCGACGUGGGCUUCUCGAUGGGCAUCUCGGGAACCGAGGUGGCCAAGGAGGCGUCCGCAAUAGUGCUCAUGGACGACAACUUUGCCUCGAUCGUGACGGCCCUGAAGUGGGGAAGAGCCGUCAACGACGCUGUCCAAAAGUUCCUCCAGUUCCAAAUCACCGUCAACAUCACCGCCGUGCUCCUGGCCUUCAUCACUGCCGUCUACGACGAGCACAUGAAGUCUGUGCUCAAGGCAGUGCAGCUGCUCUGGGUCAACCUCAUCAUGGACACGUUCGCGGCGCUGGCCCUCGCCACGGAUCCGCCCACGGAGAAGAUUCUCGACCGGCCGCCUCAGGGCAAGAAGGCGCCUCUCAUCACCACCAACAUGUGGAAAAUGAUCAUCGGUCAGGCCAUCUUCCAGCUCGUCGUGACCCUGACGCUCUACUUUGCCGGCAUGGAGAUCCUCGGGUACGAGCCGGAGCAGCGCAUCGAGCUCGACACGCUCAUCUUCAACACGUUUGUGUGGAUGCAAAUCUUCAACGAGUUCAACAACCGGCGGCUCGACAACCGCUUCAACAUCCUCGAGGGCGUGCACCGCAACCACUUCUUCAUCGCCAUCAACUGCCUCAUGGUCGGCCUGCAGGUGGCCAUCAUCUUUGUCGGCUCGCGCGCGUUCGGCAUCAACCCGGGCGGGCUCGACGGCACGCAGUGGGCCAUUUCCGUCGUCGUCGCCCUCAUGUGCCUGCCGUGGGCGGUCGCCGUGCGGCUGUUCCCCGAUGCGUGGUUUGCGAGCGUCGCGGCGGUCGUGGGGCGGCCGGUGGUGGUGUUGUAUCGCGCGCUGGCGAGGUUCUUUGCUGCUGUGACGAAGCCGCUCAAGAAUCUCAGGAGGAAGAAGAAGGCUGAUGGGGAUGAGGAGGAGGAGGGUGAGGGUGUUGUCCGGGCGAGGAGCGCUGCGUCGGAGGACGCGCCGGCGAUUGUGGUGUCGAAUGCCCCGGUGGUGCAGGUGACGGAUGUGGAGAAGGGGCCGGCGUCUUCGUAA